ACCUUUUUGAAGGUUAUGUAUUUUAUGUAGACUGAUUAUUUCAUAAGAUGUUUAAAACGUGUCUACCUAAUUAAAAAUUAGUGUGAAGUGUAGUUUAUUGUUUGUCUGUUUAUAAAAAAAUUGGAUCAAAAGUUUCUACAUGUUUUGUUUUCAUCACAUCCAAGUGAUGACGCACUUCCAGAUCUUAAUAGAUUCCCACAUAGCGAAGGAUACGUAUAGAUGUGCCAAUGUUUAAGAAAGGAGAUAGUAGCUCGAGACCUUUAUCAAUAAUAACCCACAAUGAAAUUCAAAAUAAUUGAUGUUGAAGAAAUCUAUAAUAAUGAUAAUAAUCUCAAAAAGGAAGAUGUCAAUAUGUUAAUGGAAUGGGCAGAAAAACAACCACAUUUGCCAAAAGUUAGCGAACUAAUAAUGGCUUGUUUUCUGCAUAGCUGUUUUUACAAAAUAGAAGCUGCCAAAUCUGCAAUAGAUGUAUACUUUACAGGAAGUACUGUGAACCCCGAUAUGUUUCAAUUUAAAAAUGUAUUACAAGACCCCAUGGUUAAACGAACUAUAGACAAUAAUUUGGUAGUGAUACUUCCAAAAAAAGCCCCCAAUGGAGACAGUGCAUUUCUUUUGGUACCAAGUGUAAGUCCAGAAAAUUACCACUAUCCCUCUCAGUGCAGAGUACUCGAUGCCCAGCGUAUGAUUCAUUUACACGAGAAGGGUCCCUUUACAGGAAUUCACAUCAUUAUAGACUUAAAAAAUGUGGUAUUUGGACAUUUUAUUAAAUUAUCUACUACUGCAAUGGCCGUAAAGAACUACUUGUACAUACUUCAAGAAGGUUUACCAGUUCGCCUCAAGCACAUCCAUUUUAUUAACAUAGUAUCUUUUAUGGAUAAAAUAUUAGCUCUAAUUAAGCCCUUUAUGAAAAAAGAACUACAGGAAAAGUUACGUGUACAUACUGACAUUAAUUCACUUUAUACUUAUAUACCGCAAGAUUUAUUACCAGUAGAGUAUGGAGGUUCUUGUGAAUCUAGCGAUGUUUUAAAAGAAAAUGUCAAAAAAUUAUUAGUGGACAACGAAGAUUUUUUAAUCGCACAAGAUGCCCUGGUCGUAGAUGAGAGUAAAAGAACAGAACGAAAUGAGAAAUUAAACGAUGUCUUUGGCAUAGCAGGAAGUUUUAAAAAAUUAGAAGUUGAUUAACUAUUAUGUCAUUUGUGUAUAACAUAAAGAUACUUAAGUAA